AGCCAGUACAGUUAGACUCCUCAACAUGACAAAUUCACUUUUAAUAUGCUUCACGAUCUUAGGUUUAGCCGCCUCAUCCCCCACAAAACCCAUCGGGGAUAUAAGGAUCGUGGGAGGUGAAGACAUCGUCAUCACAGAGGCGCCGUACCAAGUAUCAGUCAUGUUCCGAGGAGCCCAUUCUUGCGGUGGAACCUUAGUCGCUGCUGACAUCGUUGUUACUGCCGCACACUGUGUCAUGAGUUUUGCUCCAGAAGACUACAGGAUCAGAGUAGGAUCUUCCUUCCAUCAACGAGAUGGAAUGCUUUACGAUGUAGGAGAUCUAGCUUGGCACCCAGAUUUCAAUUUUGCGUCAAUGGAUAAUGAUAUCGCCAUUUUAUGGUUGCCAAAACCAGUCAUGUUCGGGGAUACAGUGGAAGCUAUCGAGAUGGUAGAAACUAAUUCCGAGAUCCCCGAUGGAGAUAUUACAAUUGUAACUGGAUGGGGCCAUAUGGAGGAAGGCGGUGGUAACCCUUCUGUUCUUCAAAGAGUUAUAGUCCCUAAAAUCAACGAAGCUGCGUGCGCCGAGGCUUACUCACCGAUUUACGCAAUAACCCCCAGAAUGCUAUGCGCUGGAACGCCUGAAGGUGGCAAAGACGCGUGUCAGGGUGACAGUGGUGGUCCUUUGGUCCAUAAAAAGAAAUUGGCCGGCAUCGUUUCUUGGGGGCUUGGCUGUGCGAGACCAGAAUACCCAGGGGUCUACACGAAGGUGUCCGCGCUAAGGGAAUGGGUCGACGAAAACAUAACCAAUCUGAGACUGAAGCAUAUUUUAAGGAGAUUUUAAACAACUGUUCAGGGCAAUUAUUUGAAGAAUAAAAUUAUGAAAUGUAA